AUGUGUUAUCUCCGAAGCCCCGGCGGCAGCCAAGUUCCGAGCCUUAUCAUUAUAUGAUCUCGCUGAGACAAGUCAGAUAGCCUGGCCUAGGUCCCCGGAAAAGGAGGGCCAGAGAUGGUUGAGCGCGAAUACGCAUCCGGUGACCAUCUCGGGCCGAGACACAGGACAAUGAUAAAAAUGAAUAAUGGGGGAAAAGCUUUGACCAAUUCAUUUAUCAUUUUAGCCUCACCAUCCGUAUUCUGCAGGACCUGCCGCCGGCGGCCCCACUAUCCCGGGGCAAUUCCCUGCGAAAUUUUGGACGGAGGGACCCCUGGCACUGACAGCCAAGCUUGGUGUACCUUCCAAGAGCGGAACGAGAGACGCGACGCUUUAAGGAACCUCUGGCUCUCACAACCUAGAUGGCGUGAAACGAACGCAUUGAACGAUCGAUUAGACGAGAGAGAGAAAUCAGACAGUCCCACUUCCCUCACGAGACCCGACCCUACGACAAUCAAUGAUGGAGCCGAGACCCGGCUGGAUGCCGCCCAUCCCCGGCCCGCUGCAGCGGCUCUUCGACCUCUUCCCCUUGGUCACCUACCCCGCCAAUGAGCUCCCCUCCAGGUCCCCAGGCCCCAGCAAUCUUCCGACGCUGUAUGUGUUUGCGUCCGAGGAGGGCGCGCGGAAGGGCAGCCCGAGCUUCAAUCCCACGUGUCUGAAGUGGCAAACCUUCCUCAAGAUAGCCGGCGUCCAAUUCCGCAUCGUCCCCUCGACAAAUCACGCUUCACCAACAGGAGCUCUACCCUUCCUCCUCCCGCCAAACCCCUCCCCUCCGCCUUCAACCCAGCCGCCCUCCUCCUCCUCCUCCUCCUCCUCGGCCCCCAGGCCUCCCCAACUCCCCAUCCCCUCCACCUCCCUCCCCAAAUACGCCCUCACCCACGGCCUCACCCCCUCCCCCCCCUCCCCCCCCCACCCCCGCCAACAAGCCUACCAAUCCCUCCUCGACGGGCCCCUCCGCUCCGCCUGGCUGCACGCCCUGUACCUCACCCCAUCCAACACCCCCCUCCUCCGCACCCUGUACGCCCACCCCGCGACCACCUCCACCCCAAUCCAAUCCCUCCUGCUACACCACCUCCGCCGCGCCGCCGCCGCCGAGCUCCCUUCUCACCACCAGGACCGCCCAGACGACCUCUACUCCGAAGCCGCAUCCGCCCUCUCCGCCCUCGCCGCCCUCCUCGCCGACAGCGGGACGGGUUGGUUCUUCGGCCGCGCGGCGCCGGGCGAGUUCGACGCCGCCGUCUUCGCGUACACGCAGCUGCUGCUGGGCGGGGGGCUGGCGUGGGUGGAUCGGCGGCUGGCGGACUUGGCUAGGGAUGCCGGGGAGGGGGAGCUGGUUGGGCAUAGGGGGAGGAUAUGGGAUUUGUAUUGGGGGGAGGAUGGAGGGGAGGGGGAGAAUGAAGGUUGA